AUGAGCGCCAGUGCUGAGGAAAAGCCCCACGAUGACCAGGAUGAACUACGUCGCAGAAUAGCAGAGCUAGAGACACAACUUCAUAGCGCAACCAAUGAAAUACUUGAAACACAGCACCGUCGUCAGUUUACUGAAAACUUGACCUGGUAUGGCCACACCGACAACAUCAUCUUCGUCCAUUCAGAGGAGCUUGACCAAGGAUUAAUCUACCGCAUAUCCAAGGGCGAUGGGGCUGCUGCCACCCUAUGUCGCUAUAUGGUGCGCUACAACAUCGACCAGUUCCUCCAACGACCCACUCUUCAUCAAUGGAUGCAAAAAGGCAAACUCUAUCGCGAGGCAAAGGCCCUCCAAUCCUCCCGUUUUGAGCUCUUUUUCGACCUUCUCUUCGUUGGGCUGGCACACCAGCUCUCCGAGGCUGCCGCAGAGGAGCCGACCGGCCUUGGUUUCGCCAUCUAUGUUUUGACCUUCGCGCCAGCGUUUAGCGUCUGGGGAGAUAUCAGAGACAUGGCCAACCAGUUCGCCAACGACGACGUUACUCAGCGAGCGUACAUUAUCUGGACCAUGCUUCUCCUUGUUGGCUACGCAAACAAUGCCAGCUCUAUCCACUUCCGCGUGGAGGAGGGCUUAGGAAAUGCGGAGGGCGAAGUGGACCUUGCGUUCGCGGCCAAUCUCAACUCACUCAAAUGGGCCAUUGGCUUCUUCGCUGUCGCCAAGCUUUCAAGGGCCGCUGUUCUGCUCAUAUACUCCGCUUUUCUACCUCUUUCCCGCCGACCAUUAAUUGCUGCUGCCUUCAACCCACUGCUCAUGGCUCUUAUCCUCUUCAUUGGCAUAUUCACGCCCCUUCGCGCCACAAUAACCCUCGCCGCCGUCGGCAUCUUUGCGGACUUUACUGUCCGCUUCUUCGGAAUCGUGCUCUACAAGACCUUCGAAGUACUUGGCAAAAGAUACGAGAGGAUUCGGAAGGAGAAGCUUGGUCUCUCUGAAUCGUCUCCUGAUCCUGAUUCUGGGACCGCUGCUUUCGAGGACCCAGUCUUGCUUGACGUAUUCCGAACGAUGAACAACUCUACCACAGCUGUUGACGAACAACCACCAAUGUCAAUGGGCGAUAUAAAAAUGUGCCGAGAACUUGCGGCGCGUGAAGCUCUCAGGAUACCAGCAAUCAAUAUUGAGCAUCAAAUAGAAAGGCUUGGAGCAUUCGUGACUGUCGUGCUGGGAGAAAUGGUCAUGAGCGUGUUUUUUUCCUCGAGUGGCCAUGUUGGGCUGAAUAUGGAAUCCGGUCGCGCCAUGCUUAGCCUUAUGCUCGCAUUCAACCUGAACUGGCUGUACUUUGACUCCGCUCUGACGAAACACUUCGUGCACGCUAUCCGGCGCCACUGGAUCUCUGGUUACUUCUUCACCUUCCUCCACCUCCCGCUUUGCAUGUCGCUCCUCCUCGCAUCGGCAGCGGUCAGCACGCUCAUUAAAAGUAACCAUAUCGACUCAGAACACGGGGGUGGACUGAAAUGGUUCUUUGGGGCCGGGCUCGGGGUCAGCAUGUGCACGAUGGCGACCAUCGGCACGCUACAUCGGAACUUGGAUGAGCAAGAGCUCAACCGCGCUAGACCACAGGACGAGGACCCACCAACGCAACGACGUUGGAAGCAUACCCCUCCUAGAAAUAUACCAAGAACAACAAUCAGCCGCAAGCUCGUCAUCUUGUUCCGGUACUUGGCAGGAAUAGCUAUGUGUCUGCUUCCGCUCGCCGACCAUCUCUCAUCCAUGCAGUUUUUGUGCAUUUAUGUUGGCAUUACUGCACUGUUAAUCGUAGAAGAGACGAUUGCGAGGGUCGAGAAACGGGAAAAGGAGUUAGAUGGGUAG